AUGAGUUAUAGACAACCCCUAUUACAAGCAUCUCAUAAAUUUCCUAUUGCUACUGCUUCUGAUGAUGCUGUUAAUAAUGGAAACAAGAAACAACUUGUAACCAAUAGUUUUACUAAUUGGAGGCGAUAUUUCAGUAGAAAAAAGGACAGUAAUACAUAUAUAAAAUUAGAUGAUGACACUAAACGUAGUGACAAAGAUGAAGCAGUUGAUGUUCUUCGAUUAUUUCAGUUUGCAGAUCGUCUUGAUUUUGUUCUGAUGCUUCUGGCUUUGUGUUUGAUGCUGUUUCACACUGUUUGCAUUCUAGCUAGCCUUGUUCUCUUCGGUCGAGUUACAGGAUUAUUUGCCAUUCAAUCAUUUGGUGAUAAUUGUUAUGAUCAACGCCAAAAUUCAAUAAUUGCAAUUAAGAACAAUAAUACAUAUCCUGAAGGCAUUGAGCUUAAUAUAUUCAACAAUGUUUCAUCACAUGAAAUGCAUCAUAAUAGUGAUGCAGUUUUGUUAUCAACCUUAGCUACAUCAAUGUCUUCAUUUCGAAAAAAAGUUAUGGAUAUAGUCUAUUGGUUAUUCAUUAUUGGUGCAGUAGAAUUUUUGCUUGGCUCGAUUGAGAACUUCCUUUGGACUAUUAGUACGAAACGACAAAUAUGUCGUAUGAGUGUUUCCAUCUUUCGAUCACUUGUUCAGCGUGUAAGUCGAAUGUACUGCCAUUUAUCAAAAGAAAUCAUGCUCAAAGUUUAAUGUCAGUCUUUUUCGAAUCAUGACUACGCCAUAAAAACAUCUGAUGCUCUGUCUUUCUAAAUGGUUUUAUCGUGAUGAAGACAAGCAGCUAGAACGAUAUUUAAGGCAUAUUGAUGAACUACUAUAGAUAUUUGAAUCGUAAAAUUUAUUCUCUCGACUCCUGUGUGUGGAAACGAUCUAACUCAUUCUACAGAUGCAUCAUUUCAAUUAAAAUUACACACUUUUAUCUAUAGAAGUUGGAGUGAAAUCGUGUUUAUAUAUUAGGGAGUUUCUCCAGAUGUCACAUUCUAAUAUGAAUGAUUUUUCGCAUGUAAAGUACAUAUAUGUCAGAGACUUGCACAAAUUUUGGAUUUUCGAAAAAAUCGUGUUUUUGAAUUCUACUUUGAAACUAUCUUAUUUUAAAGAUAUCAUAUAUACUGUAGCUUAUAUGAACUGUUGUAGAACUGGUAAACUUCUAAUCUCCAUAAUAGGAACUUUCCAGAACAUUCUUGCAUUUUUCAAUCCGUUUCGAAAAAGCG